GGCGGCGGGAGGCGGCGGCGGCGGCGGCGGCGGCCACUGAGAGUUGCAGUUCUGUGGGAAGGAGGAAGCUCCUAACCACUCGGCAACAUGGUAGUUUUCACAUGCAAUGCGUGUGGAGAAGCUGUGAAGAAAGCACAGGUUGAAAAGCACGUGAACAUCUGCAGAAACUGUCAGUGCCUGUCUUGCAUGGAUUGUGGCAAGGAUUUCUGGGGUGAUGACUAUAAGGAACACGUGAGAUGUGUAAGUGAAGACCAGAAAUACGGUGGAAAAGGUUUUGAAGCCAAAAUUAACAAAGGAGAUGCUAAACAGCAGGAGUGGAUUCAGAAAAUUCAUGAAGUAAUGAAGAAGCCCAACAUAAACCCUAAAGUGCGAAAUGUCCUGGAGCAAAUGCGUACUUUUGAUAACAUUCCAAGAAAAAGAGUAAAGUUUCAGAAUUGGAUCAAAAACAGUUUGAAAAUUAAUGACAGCACUUUGCAAGAUCAGGUGUGGGAUGUUUUUUCAGAAGCAACCAGAAAUAUUUCAAAUGAAAAAGAACAAGACAAGCCACAACAGAAGGAAGAGCGACAGUCUGCAGAAACUGGGGAAAAAACAAUGGCAGAAGAAAAUGGAGUUACAGAUGAUAAAACUGAGAGAAAAAAGAGUAAGAGAGAACGAAAAGAAGAGAGACAAAAGAACAAAAAGAGGGAGAAAAAAGAUUUGAAAUUAGAAAACCAGAUGGAUGUAAAAAAGAGAAAAAAGUCCAAAAAAGGAAAGGAGAGCAUGGARGAUGACUUUGAAAUAAAUGGAAAUGGCAAUCACAGUGAAACAGAAGAGGAAACAAACGUAAAGAAACGCAAACAUAAACAUGUAGAAGAGGAGCCUCAAACCAAAAGAAAGAGGAUGAAAACUGAAAGCAUUUCAGAAGACAUGGAAACAGAAAACAUCAAUGACAACGAAGAAAAUGUGGGAAUAGAGAGAGGUAAAUUCAACUGGAAGGGAACUAUCAAAGCUGUUCUGAAACAGGCUCCAGAUAAUGAAAUUUCAAUUAAAAAACUAAGAAAAAAGGUGAUAGCCCAAUAUUAUGCAGUAGCUGGUGAGCGGCACAAAACAGAAGAGGAGAUCCUWGUCAUAUUCAAUAAGAAAGUGAAUAACAAUCCCAAAUUUAAAGUUCUAAAGGAGAAAGUGAGACUUGUGAAAUAAACCGUUUGCAUACUUUUCAUAGCUGUUGCAUUUUAAUCUUGCUGACGGAGUCGAACUCUUCUGUUAGCUGUACAGAUGCUAUGCAUUGGUCUCAGUUUAAAUGGUGUAUGUGAAGCAAAAUUUAACUUUUAAUAGUGGAUUCCUCCCCUUUUUCUAGAUUUAUCACAGAACAUUUUCAGAUACUUUAUUUUUUGAUUUUAUGGAAAAUGCAUAUUUUUUGGUACAAGUUUUAAGAGGCRUUGAAAGUAAUUGCUGCCCUACUGUAUUAAAAUUCUUCCAGUAAUGAAUAUAAUUUAUAGGCAUGAAUGUUUUUUAGGACCCAGGUUGKGGGGCUUUUUGCAGAAACUAUUUUAAGAGCAAAUAAGAUUUUCAUAUUCAAACCCCCACUCUGGAAUAAAUGUUUUGUUACAAUAAAAUUCAAAAUGGUAUGACUGAUACCCUCUUUCUGCACUGUGGCUAGUGUGUGCAGCCUUUAAUAAACUGUUGAUUCUGUGUUGUAAAAUGUAUAAUUAAAGUGUCAGAUUUGUGUAUGCAAUAUUGCACAUUCAGUGAAAAUGUAUUGCUACUGAAAGUCUUAAUUAGUAAUGCAACUGACUUUAAURUAAGUGGUUAAAUGGACUAAAAAUUGACUGAUGAAAUAGAUUAUUUUAAAAUACAGCYUUAAAUAUAAUGAAGCUUGUCACUUUAUAAUUGCAUAAUAAAUCCACAAAUCAUUUGAAGAGGCUGUUGUAUUGCAAGCACCAGAACAAUUCAGGUAGGCCAGAAAUGUUACAAGUAUGUAAGACACAGCUGCCUGGGGAAAGUUACUUGAAGUUUUAUAGGUUCUUACUUAAAUGUGAAAUUAAUUCCAAAUAGGAAGUUUCCUAUCAUGAUGUAGUCUGUUAAAAACAGCAUUAUAAAGCAGUCAGUGGUAUGGUGUUUUAAAAAAUUGCCUAGUGAUUUCAAGCAGAUGCACUUCUAUACAACUCUAUAGUAAAAAUACCUGAAUUUAUAGAAAUAAUAUAAUAAAAGUAUAAAUAUUA